ACCAAGGUAUUUUAUGAGUGCAAAAAAAUUAAAAGCUGCUGUUGUUAUGUCAGGAUGCGGUCAUCUUGAUGGAACAGAAAUAAGAGAAGCUGUUUUAAGCUUACUAAUACUCGAUCAACAAGAAGUAAAUACUACAUGUUUUGCACCUGAUAUUAGCAUCCCACAAGUUAUAAACCAUAAAACAAGAGAGGCAAUAAAAGAGAAAAGAAAUGCACUUGUAGAAACCGCAAGAAUUACAAGAGGUGAAGUAUAUGACUUAAAAGAAGCUAAAGUUGAAGAUUUUGAUCUAUUAAUUAUACCCGGAGGAUAUGGAGUUGCAAAAAAUUUAUCCAACUUAGAUGAAAAUAAAGGCACAACAACAGUAAUACCUGAAUUUAGAAAGUUAGUUCUAGAGUUUUUUGAUAAAAAAAAACCAAUUGGAGCAAUAUGUAUCUCCCCUGUCAUAAUUACUUCUAUCUUAAGCAAAAAAGCUACAAUAAAAGUAACUAUAGGAGAUGACAAAACCCAGUUAAUAGAAAAAUUUGGUGGAGAGCAUAUAAAAUGUGAUACAGAGUUAUCAAUAGAAGAUGAAACGCAUAAUAUAUUUUCCUGUUCUGCUUAUAUGAGGGAGGAAAGUUUAUUUGCUAUAUAUAAAGGGAUAAAGCAUAUGAUUGAAGGCAUGAUAAGAAAAAUUAAUAAAAAAGAUUAAACAAAAUU